AUAAAACAAGAUGUGGUGUUGCCAAAUAUUUUUAGACUCUUCUACAAGCAACCUAGUCUCGAAAAUAGAGUAGAGAUCAUGGAUGACAACAGUUUGCAGUUGAUGUGGCCACUAUUUGGAAGUAAGGAUGAAAUUCUUAUAUGGCUAGAGGACACAAGGAUUGUUGGCCUACAUUUUAGGCUAGCACUAAAGAACAGAGAAGCAAGACUAAAGAAGGAGCUUAUUGUUAGAACAACUAUAGAGCCGGCAGAGGAGUUCUAUCUAGGAAACUCACAACCACAUUGUCUAAUGCAAGACUCCCCUUCACACCCUUCUCAAACACAACGGUCCCCACCACAUCCCACAUCAAUUGGACAGUCCCCUCAUCAACCAUCCCAUACUACUCAACCCCAUUCACAACCAACACAUAGUGAGCACCAAAAUAAAACCAUGUCAUCUAUACUUGUCGUAGGCAUGAAAAAAGGUUUCAGACCAGCCAAGAGCACCUCUAAAAAACAUGGAACUUUUGUGCCUAAGAAAAAGGCACGCAGAAAGGGCCCAUCGAGACAAAUUAAAAUUGUGCAACCUGACAUUGAACCUGAAGAUAGUGAUGGAGAUGAUGGUCCUCCAGGCUCUGACGAUAGUGAUGAUUCCAACUUUGAUGCCAAUUCUUAUGGGAGUGAGUCAGAUGAUGUGUUGGAAAAUUAUGUUGAGGAAGAGUUUGAGCAGGAAGAAAAUGAAGAUGUUGUGGUUGAGAAAGAUUUUGAGGAUUACUUAGAUGGAAGUUCUGUGAUGGACAACUUGUAUAAAAAUGGCAAAGUGGUUGGGCACAUGGAUUUUGGCUCUAUUAAGCUUGAAUCUUGGAUGAUCUUCUCCACUAAGGAUCAUUUCCUUGGCGUGUUUAGAGACUUUUGCAUCCAAGAGGGCUUUGCUGUAAGGGUUGACAAAGGAGACUCUCUAAGGUACACUGCCAGUUGCAUUGUGGAAGCUUGUGAUUGGAGGAUUCAUGCCUCUAAGCUUGUGGAUGGUAUUAGUUGGGCCAUAAAGACUAUGUGUGGUGAACACAAGCUUUGUAGAAGGCUUGAGGAGAAUCCUAUGGUAACAUGUGACUGGCUAUGUAGGCAUCUCUUAGGAGAUAUCACGGCAAACCCUAACAUCCCAGUGGAGUCACUACAAAAGUUGUGCAUGGAAAGGUACAGAAUAAAUGUAAAAAAGAGGCUUUUCUACAAGGUUAAAUCAAUGACAAAGGAGCAUAUACAUGGUGGGUUUGCAAAGUCAUAUUCACUAUUGCCAGCCUAUGCUGAGGUGAUAAAAAAGACAAAUCCCGGUAGCUAUGCUUUGGUGACAUGGACAAGGGGCUCUGUAGCCGCAACUCCUCAAUUUAAGGCAUGCUUCUUUUCUUUUGCUGCACAAGUAAGGGGAUUUCUAAAGGGAUGUAGGCCAAUAAUUGGUAUAGAUGGGGCUCAUCUUAGUGGUUAUUAUAAGGGUUGUCUACUCACAGCAGUUAGCAUUGAUGGCAAUAAUGAAAUCUUUGUCAUUGCAUAUAGUAUAGUUGACACGGAGAGUGGAGAAACUUGGGGAUACUUCUUUCAGAAUCUAAGGUUAUUAUUUUCGAAGGAAGGUAUUACAAGGGAUGAUUGGACCUUCAUUAGUGAUAGAAUGAAGGGGGUAGAGACUUCUCUUUAUAAUGUUUUUCCAAAGGCAACAAGGAGAGUUUGUGCCCAACAUCUAUACUCGAACUGUAAGAAUGGAGGAUGGAGUGGCACAGCAUUCCAUAAACUGUUCUGGAUUGCUGCUGAUGCCUACAAUGAUUAUGUUUACGAAAAGGCAUUAAAGAAGAUCACAGAGCUUGAUCCUGCUGCCACCGAAUACUUACAACAAGUGGACGAAGGGCAAUGGUCAAGACAUGUAUUUGACCCCAAGGUUUGUUGUGAUCAUAACACAACAAACUUUGUGGAGUCAUUCAAUGCUUGCACAAAACCUUAUAGAGAUCUGCCGGUUCUUACUUUGCUUGAAGCUAUAAGAUCAUGGUGUAUGAAGAGAAUCGGGGUGAGAUUUGACAAGGCUAUGGAUUUGGAUCCAAGCCAUAUAACAGAGUAUGCUAAGAAGAUAAUAAAGGAAAGGGGAGAUGAGUCAAGGUUUUGCUACUUGACACGAGCUGGUGGGGGAGAAUUCGAGGUGAGGGAUGGACAUGUUUUGUUCCCUAUUAAGCUUGAAAAUGGGACAUGUGGUUGUGGAGUGUGGCAAGGGACUGGUAUACCUUGCAAGCAUGUGUUGAGGGUCAUCUUUGACCAAAGAAGGGAGCCUAAUGAUUUUGUAUCCCCUUAUUUCAAAGGAACAUCAUACAAGCUAACUUACGCAGAACACAUUCACCCCAUGCCUGACUCAACACAAUGGCCCUCCUUCCAACUCCCCCAAAUCGAACCUCCACCAUUUAAAAGAGGUGCUGGAAGACCUCCAAAACAAAGGAAAAGGGGCAGAUUUGACCCUAAGAAGGGGAAAAGAAAUAGCACUGUAAAAUGUGGGAAGUGUAAGGAGGUGGGACACAACAUUUUGACAUGCAAAUGGGGAGCAAUGACAAAGAAAAAGAAAUCAGAUGCUGCCUCCGCUUCCACAUCAGCACCACCUAAAGUCAAAAAGAAGAUAAAAGAACCAACUCCACCUUCAACCUCCAAGUAAAAAGUCAAAGAAAGUAGUUGACACAAACUUUGCGAUUUAAUUGUCCUUUUUUGGUUUAUGUUUAUGAUCAGAUGUCUAUUUUUUGGUAUUUUAAUUAUUUGAAGAUAUGGAAGGCAUCUUUGGUUACCUUGCAGUUCAAUUGCUUUUGUGCUUGUGUAAAGAUACAUUAUGCAUUUUGGUCUUCGAAUAUAUAUGCAAGAAACUCAUUUUGGAAAAAUAAGCUACUAAGGUCGUUUUAUGAAUUUGUUCUAACUCCAGGGGUAUUAUGUGAAUUAUGUUUU